AUGUCGGCUCCACCACCUUCACCCGACUCUCUAAAUUUUUGUGAAGACAUCAACUGCAAUGUGUUCCAAUCAAUCUUCUAUGAUUGUGGUCAGAAGAUUUCAGAAAACCAAACUGAAAUGAAAUGGUUGAAGAAGCAGCUCGGACAUGACUAUAUCGUGUGUAGGAUCGACCACAUCAGUCUCCAGCACAAGCUAGAUGGCCAUGAUCAGAAGUUUAAAGUCGUUGGUGUUUCCAUGGGUGGCAUAAUGGUGGGGAUUCUCUUGUUGUUGGUAAUUGUGCUCCAUUUCGUUCUUAAGUUUGGGUGA